ACCCCAUUUGACGCACCUACGGUACACACCGUGGGUUUGGGAGCGCGCGACUCAUCCGCGCCUGGGAACCAUGUUGAGACUGCUCCGGACCGUGCAGCUGUUGCUCCCGAUGAGCGCAGCACGGAUGAUGGCUCGUGAGGCCCCCGCCAUGCCUGACAUUGAGGAGUACCGCGACGUCCCCAUCCGCGCGUACAAUGUCCGGCGCCGCUGCCGGCCGCUUUGGCAGGCGAUAGCGGCUCGGACAACGACCUCCGAGCGGCAGCUCGUGCUGCUGCCGACGAGCGGUCUAGGGGAUAUGGCGAACGCGUUCGUCGCGGCCACGUACCUCGCGUUUCGGCACGCGCUCCGACUCCGCGCGCUGGACCACCGGGGCUUCAACGACUUUGGCCGCUACUUCUCGAGAUGGAGCGCGGGCGGUACCAAGCUCGCGCUCGGCGGCAGCGAGCUACCCGUGCCGAUGGAUACACUAUUAAAAGUGCCUACACGAUGGGAGCACUCGAAGGUGCGAAUACUAGCGCCGGGCGUCGCCCACAUAGACCUCACGCACUCGGGGGGGCGCUGGGCCGAGGGGUCGGACGCGUCCAGGUUCGACGCGGCCAUGCGCAACGAAUCGAUGACGUGGAUCUUCCUUUUCGCGGGCAACGCGGAACACUCCAAAAUGAGACAGAACGGCCUCGUCGACGCGUGGCUGCCCGAUCCGAUCGGCAAAGGUCGUGUGGGCGAAUGGGACCACUGCGCGCUGCGCUACGCGAUGAAUAUCAAACGGCACAUCGUACAAACGGUGCCACCCAAGCCCGCAGACGUGUUGAUUGGCAUCCACAUUCGUGCCUUGCGGUACCUCCGGGCGCUCGGGCCCAACGCCUCUUCUGUCGUGAAGGCGCCCAACCUUCGCGAAAAAAAUGCUCAAGCCUGGAGCGGGAGCACGCGCGGCGCCCUGCGGGCCUUGAAUUGGCCAAAGGGCACCACGUACUUUCAGCGCGCUACCGCCAAUUACGUGUCAAAAAUAGGUAGCGGAGAACUAUCGUUAACAGAAGCGCUCGCCAAAUUCAGCAAGGACGCCCAAGCACCACCCCCGUCGGUCGCGCUGCUGCCCCGCAUCCACGACGACACGUUCUUCCUCGACGUCGCCUGGAACGCGAGCGACUUUGACGGCCUUCGCCGGCACGCGAGCGCGAUCGAACGCCGGGUGCCCGCGGGCCGGUCCGUGAAGUGGCUCGUCUUGGCCGACUCGCCGUCUCUUUUGAAGCUGCUCCGCACCGCCUGGCGGGACCACGUCGUCGCGUGGGAACCGUCGGUGCCCCUCCACGUCUCGUGGACGAGCCAGACGUCGGGCGGCGUGUACUGGAGCGACCGGAAGCACGACGAGGGAUCCCUCCGCGUCGACCUGUCAGCCCAAUACGCCGACUGGCUCGCGCUGGGCGCGUGCGAUUACAUCCUCACGACUGGCUCAGGGUUUUCGACGUCCGCCCAACGGUACUCGGCCGCCGUGCGGACCGUCUUUUCGCAAGGUGGUGGAUACCCCGCGUCGCGGCGCGUGCUCGGGGCGGUCCGCUCGGGCGUGACAGUCCUCUAGCCUCCUCGCUCGCGGAAAUGGCUG